CAUGACACUUAUUUAAAUAACCAUCUUCUUUGUUUUUAGGGGGAAUCUGUAAAGUAUUUCUUGGACAACUUGGAUAAACUUGGAGAACAAGAUUAUCUUCCCUCGCAGCAAGACAUCCUGCUGGCACGAAGGCCCACGAAAGGGAUCCACGAGUACGACUUCGAGAUCAAGAAUGUUCCCUUCAAAAUGGUGGAUGUGGGUGGGCAGAGGUCGGAACGGAAACGCUGGUUCGAGUGCUUCGACAGCGUCACGUCCAUCCUCUUCCUCGUGUCCUCCAGUGAAUUUGACCAAGUGCUGAUGGAGGACCGGCAGACGAACCGCCUCACGGAGUCCCUGAACAUUUUUGAAACCAUAGUCAAUAACCGGGUGUUCAGCAACGUCUCCAUCAUCCUCUUCUUAAACAAGACGGACUUGCUCGAGGAAAAAGUACAAAAAGUCAGCAUCAAAGACUAUUUUCCAGAGUUCGAAGGGAAUCCCCACUGCUUAACAGAUGUCCAAAAAUUCCUGGUGGAUUGUUUUCGUACUAAACGCCGGGACCAGCAGCAGAAGCCCCUCUACCACCACUUCACCACUGCCAUUAACACAGAGAACAUCCGGCUAGUCUUCCGUGACGUUAAGGAUACCAUCCUCCACGACAACCUCAAGCAGCUGAUGUUACAGUGAGGGUGCAAAAAAAAAAAAGACCUUUUUGAGCAACUUUUGCUGUGUUGGGUUUUUGAACUAGAAGUUUACAGCAGGAGUAGAGAAAUCCAGAUCCUGUCGGACUUCUUGAUACGUGGCUAAAAGCUGCUGCUGCACACGUUAUUGCCAAUUUCUGCAGAAAUUCAGGCUUAAUCUCUUCCAGUGUAGCUUCAAGUUCACUCCAGUUGUAAUUUUAUAGC